GCCGCUCUGAGCUGAACCGGCAGCAUGAAGGCCCUCCUGGUCCUGCCGCUGCUGCUGCUUCUCUCCACGCCCCCCUGCGCCCCCCAGGUCUCUGGGAUCCGGGGAGACGCUCUGGAGAAGUUUUGCCUUCAGCAGCCCCUGGACUGCGAUGACAUCUACGCCCAGGGCUACCAGGAGGACGGCGUGUACCUCAUCUACCCCUCGGGCCCCAGCGUGCCCGUGCCCGUCUUCUGUGACAUGACCACCACGGGCGGCAAGUGGACGGUUUUCCAGAAGAGAUUCAAUGGCUCCGUGAGUUUUUUCCGGGGCUGGAAUGACUAUAAGCUGGGCUUCGGCCGUGCCGACGGGGAGUACUGGCUGGGGCUGCAGAACCUGCACCUCCUGACGCUGAAGCAGAAGUACGAGCUGCGAGUGGACCUGGAGGACUUUGAGAACAACACGGCCUCGGCCAAGUACGCUGAAUUCUCCAUCUCGCCCAACGCGGUCAGUGCUGAGGAGGACGGCUACACCCUCUACGUGGCGGGCUUCGAGGACGGCGGGGCAGGCGACUCCCUGUCCUACCACAGCGGCCAGAAAUUCUCCACCUUCGACCGGGACCAGGACCUCUUCGUGCAGAACUGUGCGGCCCUGUCCUCGGGAGCCUUCUGGUUCCGCAGCUGCCACUUCGCCAACCUCAACGGCUUCUACCUGGGCGGCUCCCACCUCUCCUACGCUAACGGCAUCAACUGGGCCCAGUGGAAGGGCUUCUACUACUCCCUCAAGCGCACCGAGAUGAAAAUCCGCCGGGCCUGAGGGGCUGGCCCCCAUCAGGCCCUGCCUUCCCCCUCCUGGCUGCUCCGGGUCUCCAGGAGUGCUCCCUCUGCGCCCUGCCCCACCCCUGCUCGCUGCUCUCUUAGCACCUGCUUCCCACAGGGGAUCUCGUGGCUCCCGCCACAGCGGGUCCUGUCGCCCCCGGGGUGUCCACCUCAAGGCCAGGCCUCUGCUCCCUUCAUCAAAGGCCACGCUGCCAGCAGCUUAGCCAGGCGUCCCCUGAAAGGUGCAGCCGUUCUGGCCCAGACCCGACCAGGCCCCAGGAGACUCUUCCUCGCCUCUGCCCUGCCCCAAAGGCUGAACUGCCCUCCUAGGCGGUGGGCUUCUGCCCUCCCCCUCAACCAGCUUCCGUAGCGUGGACUCUUCCGUCCGGAGCCCCCCUAGCGUGCUAGAGCGAGCUGGCAUAGUCUGACCAACGCCCCCCGCGUCCUCCAGGCCGCCCGUGUGUGGCCACGGCAGCCGCACCGUCCUGAGUGUUUCCCACCCUUCGCCUCCCUCCCACCGACUCGUUCCCCAAUGGUGAGCAGCACGGGCCCCAGCCCCAUCUCGCGGUCAUACGCAGCGUCCCCCACCGGCCUGUCCCAGACUCCCAGAGCUCAAUGCCGGAACCGUAUUUCACUGAGGCUACUGCACGCCACUCUAAAACAGUACAACCAAGGUAGGCAUAGAUAUGAGGUCCCCCCACCCCAGGGUUGAGGUCUGACCACGUGAAGGGGCGGAGGGCCCCCUGUUGGGCUGGAAGCAGGUGGGGAGUGAUGAUCUCAAUAAACCUCAGGAUCUGAACGAAC